GUGAGAUGAAAGUUAAAUGACGUGUCGUCUGUUGUCAUACAGUUCCCACAGAUGUCGACAGGAGGAAGAUUAUUUGUAGGUGUAACAUAUCCCCCACCCACCUGUCACAAGGAGGCGCAGCUGGUGUUUAGUCACGGUCUGCCAGCAAAAAGCACGAAGUCUGUAUGUCAGGGACAAGAAACCCACAAAUAACGGUUAAAUAAUCGCAGCAGCCAAAAUUUACAGGGGGGAGUCCAUUGUAGUGCAAGACCAACCCCUCAAAGGCUGUGUAAGAAGUUGAUCCGAAGAAAACAUGUUUAUGUUGCGUGAAUGGGGAAAUUCAUGUCAGGGCCGUGUCUGCCCGCACAGUGGGAGCACCCUUCACUGGUCCUGAGUACCAAGCUGUCUGCAAGUCCCGGGAUGGCCAUUGCAGUGUCUUCAGCAGCCGAUCCUCCAAAACCGCCGGCCCUUUGCUCCCAAAGGUGGAACCUGAGCAUCCUGUCCUUCUUCAGUCUCUUCUUCCUGUACGUCGUUCGCGUCAAUCUUAGUGUGGCCAUCAUCUGCAUGGUCCGCGCUCCAGAUGCCAACGGCACUUCCGGUCUGAGCAUCAAUGGCAGCGAGCAGCCUCCCUUCUCGACUGGAGCUGUCAUCGUUACUCAGAGUUUGACUUCACCUGCCACUGAUUACGUCAUGAGCGCAGGUAAGAUGACCGAGGACGGACGAGGAAGGGACACAAGCCAAGACAUCCUCGUGACAGCGGAUGACGAGGAGAACUGUGUUCUUAGAACAGGAGAUGGUGCAGCUUCCAUGUAUGAUGGUGAGUUUGACUGGGAUAAAGGAACGCAGUCUCGCCUGCUGUCCAUGUAUUUCUACGGGUACAUUUUCACGCAAAUUCCGGGCGGCUGGCUGGCCGGUCGCUACGGAGGACGACGAGUGUUGGGGAUUUGUCAGGCCGUGUGUGCCCUCAGUACCCUGGCCGUGCCCCUCGCUGCACGUGCUAAUGUUUACAUUAUUUAUUUCCUCCGAUUUAUCCUGGGCCUUGCAGCGGGUGUAACUAUUCCAUGCUUACAUUCCAUGAUGGGCCGAUGGGCUCCAACUCUGGAGCGAAGCAAACUUGUUGCCUUCAGUUUUGCUGGAACAGCAAUCGGCAAUGUUUUAACUUUCCCUCUGUCCGCUGUCCUUUGUGUCUACGGAUUCGACAACGGCUGGGCGUCCAUCUUCUAUCUCUCUGGGGCAGGCAACCUGCUGUUAGUGAUGGUGUGGUUUGCAGUAACGGCCGACACGCCUGCCAAACACAAGCGAAUCAGUGAGGCUGAAAAAAACUACAUACUAAACUCCAUUCAGGAAACCCCAGAGACCAAGGAAAAGUUACCGACUCCGUGGCUGUCCAUACUGAAGUCAGGACCCAUCUGGGGGUGUAUCGCAGCGCACAUGCUAAACAACUACACCAACUACACUUUGUUGACAUCACUUCCAAUGUUCAUGAAAGAGGUCCUGAAGUUCGACAUUAAUAAGAAUGGCGGUUUGUCAGCCAUUCCCUACCUGUGUCAGGCAGUCUCAUCGGUCGUGGUGGGGCAGGUGGCUGACAGGUUGAGAGAGAGGGGUGUUCUCAGCACCAAGAACAUCAGGAAACUCUUCCAGAUACUUUCGUUCGUUGGAUCAGCUGUGUGCACUGCAUCCGCAGGCUUCAUGACUUGCACUCAGCGCCCCCUGGCGGUGAUGAUGCUGUGCAUGUGUACAUUCUUCCUGGGUCUCAACCGCGCAGGGUACACCGUCAAUCACAUCGACCUCGCACCCAGGCAUGCUGGGGUAUUAUAUGGUAUCACCAACACCGUAGCCACUGUGCCAGGAAUGAUUGCGCCUGUAAUAGCCGGGGCACUCACCCCUAAUAGGACCGCCGAGGAGUGGCGCCACGUUUUUUUCGUGUGCUCGGCCAUGGCCAUUCUGGGGGCCAUCUUGUACGGCCUUCUGGCGGACGGUGAGCUGCAGACCUGGGCUGCUCCUCCUGCCGCUGAGCUUGUAAUUGGCAAGAACAAGACAGGCGACGAUAAACAGAAUCUCCACCACGUGCCUGCUGCUUCCAGGGAGGCUGACGUUUCGGCAGGGGGAGUCACUCUGGACAACAAUCAAGUUGUGUACCCUGAGAGGCUGUCGGUGCGAAUGUAGAGUAACUGCAAAAGUGGACUGGUACUAAUUGCAAGGGAUUGGAUGCAAAAAUAUUAAUGUACCAGCUAUUAUGUUUGGUUUUCGAAAACGCAGGAAAGAAUGGAGAGUAAAUAAAUAAAUUAUACUCUGCAACAUACUUCCGGUCCUUGCAAGCCUCAGUGACUGCCGGUAAUGUCUGCCUCUUCAGGCGUAUGACUCAUGGUCAUCAUAAUAAUGUAGUGUUCAUCUCAUCUGCUUCUCCUCAGCAAAGGAAUUAUCGAACAAACCCUAUUUUCUUUGGUACAUUCCAUAUAAGGCUCGUCUACUGAGCGGGCAGCCUUCUGUUUUUAAGCGAGUUCCUUAGAGAACUUACAGGCUAAUAUUUUAAUGAUAAAAUGCACAAAACUUAAAACAAAUUCGGAAACAUAGCAAUAAAUAAAUAAAAUGACUGGAUAGAGGCAAUGCUGUACGGUGUCUCUCAUAUAAGUAAUGCGAAAUUAUAACAACAUAUUCAUUUCUAAACCGUCUUAAGAAUAUUCUGCCAUGCCUGUCUGCAUACUGUGGAGCAAUAAAUGCAGCUACUUCGUCACAUUCACAAAGUAUAUAUUGCAGAAAAUGUUGUCCAUGUCUACACAGAUGCCUAAUUAUCUCCAGUCUAAGCACCAUCAAGUCUUUAUAAAAGAUUCCCGUCCAAAAUCACUUUGAAGUGGAAGCACUUUCAUACUAAAUAAACCAAUGAACCAUGUACUAUACCACACAUUUCCGCAAAUAUACUUUUCAUCUCCCAAAUA